AUGAGAAUUUACUCACUCUUUUUAAUAUUGGUAUUUGUCAUUGGAUUCAUUUAUGCAUCUCAAGAUAUUCAAGAUCCAUCAUGUGCAGCUGGAGUCAAGGUGGAUAGAUCUAGAAUUGACAAGAUUUUAGAGGGUAUCUUUAUCGACGAUGCUCAAAGCUUGAGCGAUAUCCAUGGCAGCAAGUCACUUCUCUUUUUAGCCAAACUCAAGAAUAUUCCAAACCGUACUUUCCUCCUUUCACUUCCAGUCACCUGGAACCCACAACAAUUUGACCAAAAGCCAAUCAUCAAGUACGAGAUUGUCCCCGACAGAAACGGUACUCAGUCGACCAUCCAACUCUACGGUUACAACUCUGACACCAAGGUCAUCUACAUUGCCACUGCCUCUAGUACCGGUGGUGCCGCUUCAGUAGGCCCAUACUUCCAAUCGAGCAGUGAAUUUGUUCCAGUGUGGGGUGUACUCAGUCUCUACUUGGGCAUGGAUUUUGAAGAAUCUACCAACACCAUGUACAGUUGUGAUUUUGACAUUCGUCGUUACCAACCCAUUCCAGUUGACAAGGCUGGUCGUCUCAACAACGUCACCAUGUUUGCCGGCCGUACCUGUGACGGUGUCCAACACAGCACCGUCCAUCAAGAAAUCUACGUUGCCGCCUCUAGAUCCGACGGUCAACCUGGUAGUCAAGUUCUCAGAGGUCCACUCUCUUGUGUCAACUGUCCAGCCUCUCAAUUGACCAACAUCUUCAACACUGACGACUAUAUCCACGGAUUCUCAUUUGCCAACAACAAUAGAUUCUACUACUCUACCUCUAAUGGUCUCUUUGAGGUACCAUUUGGUGGUCAAAUUGCCGAACGUCGUCAACUUGGUCUCAGUGCACCAGUCACCGCUAUUGCCACCGAUUCUAUCAAUGGUUAUGCCUAUUAUCAAACCGGUAAUCAAAUCUAUCGUGUCAAUUUAAAUAAUAAUGAAAAUCAAUUAUUAGUACUACAAAUGACAGUAUAUAUAAAAGGAAACCCAGCAGUAGAAAAAUCAUUGUCAUCAAUUGCAAGUUAG